AUUUACCUUAAGAGCGUCAAAAUUACAUGUAAUUUUUAUCAGCGAUUUGAUUUCUCAGUUCUAAUGGAAGGCAAGAUUCAGAUUAUGGGGAAUAUUUAUUGGAGUAAUCUUUAUCAAAAGUAGAGGCAAAAAAUGGAAAAGCAGUAUAUACCAAGAGGAUGUAUCCAAAUGAGCACUGGAAGCGAUCAACAGCCAUUGCAGUUGAUAUUAGGUAAUAGGGACAAUAAUCUAGAAAUAAAUUUCACUCCCGGGAAGUGUAGGAAGACUAAAGCUUUUCAUAUGAACAGAGAGUUGUGGAUACCACCACCUGCCAAAACCACGCGUAGAAUAAGACCUUGUUGUUUGUACAAGUAUCCAACAAAUGAAAUAACGUUACAUUUACAAGAUGAUAGAAGCUGUUCCACAUACGGACUGCCAAUGGUAAUUGAAUCAAAACACCUUGAAAAUUUUAAAGCCAUUCUUUAUCCUUAUUGUGAAAAUAGAGAAGUCAGAAUUGACAGAAAAGUUUCACAAAAGGGCAUCGAAGAUUGCAAAAAACACAUAGAAACAAAUUAUAUAGCCCAAUGUAAUGUAUUAAAGGAAUCUGAGAAACUACUCAAUGAGCAAGAAAAUAAGAGAAAAGCUUUAAAGCGAUAUAUUAGUGUACUAAAAAAGAACAUGGAUGAUAUAAAUAGAUCAAUAAGCGAAGUCAGAAAUAUCAGAAAUAGCGACCAUGAGCUAGGACUGGAAAAGAAUGUGAGCACACAAUGGAAUGCACCCGAAAUCUGUAAAGAAGACAUGCAUGAAAUGCGCUUUAUGAAACCAAGUCGCACUAUGGACACUGGCAAAGAACAUGAUUCUGAUCGGGACAUAGUUGACAAAUGUUCUGAUCAUAAACAUUUUGAGAUUACUGCCACCCCUAGAACCAGCUCUUUUGAAAUAAAACGUGAUCAGCGAGAGUAUAAAGAACAUAGAUUCCCAGCAGCAGCAAAUGGAAAAAGCGAAAGCAGCAGUGAAAGUGAUCAACGCAGUAAUAAAGAAGUUGAAAAUUUAAUGAUGAAACUAGCAAAUAGUAUACGUAUUUCAAAGCAGUUGAUUGAUGCCAUAUAUGAGCAAGAAGGGGAUGUAAAUGUCUUGCAAAGGAAGUACAUCAAAGGCGCAGAAGCAUUGUAUAAUAGCCAACAAAAGUUAUUAGAAGAACUGAACCAAGUAAAAGAUAUUGGCAGCAGUGCUUCAUCUAGAAACGGCAAGAAAGAAGGUAGAUUUAGUUGCUCUGAUCAUGAAAACCUUUUAAAGAAGACUAGUGGUGUGCAUGACAGUACUUUUCAGCUUGACGAUUUCGAAAUUGACGCAAACAAUACUAUCAAUAAAAUAAAGCACAAAAAGGUAAAACUUACCUCUUCCCCUUGUUUUGAAAUACACAAGCAAAAGCAUAUUCUUGAAGAACAAUUAGCUCAAGCUCGUUCAGAAUUAAAAGAUCUACAAAAUAAACUAGAAACUUCAAAAUGUUUAGGAAUUAAAAGCUUAACAAUUGACAAUAAAGAAAAGUUAAAAGAUGGAGAGUCUAAGGAAAUGACAAAGGAAGUAGCAGAUUCGAAAAUGUUUAAAUCAAGCAAAAAUCACAUAAAGCCAAGUUCGGAAGAAAUUCCGGUUUACUUUUUAAAAGAAUUUAACUCCCAUGAAAUUUUGCAUAGGAAAGCAGAGAAACCUAAGCCUUCAACACCCCAGGCACAAUUACCACCACAUUUGCUCGAAGACUUAGAUCCCAUACACGAAACUUCAUCAUAUGAAGAUCAGCAUCAAUUUUCAACAAAAAAGUCAUCAUCAGAUAAUCUAAUAAGACCAAUAAGUGAAAAUGAAGUUUCGGAAUUCAAAAAACUGUCUUCUGAAACACGAAAAAGCUCAUUGCCUGCCCAGGAUUCUGAAGAGAAAAGGAAAACAGAUAAAAUCAAUGAAAAGUAUCCAUUGAUUGUAAAAGUGGAUAAAUAUGACAAAAUGCCUCAUUCUGGUACAUCAAAAGAUGAAGACUCUUUUAAAGAAUCUUACCUUUUCAAUCAAAAGUCGUAUAGUAAAACAGCAAGUAAUGAAAGAAAUCAUAUUAACAAUUUUAUUAACCGAAGACCAGCUGAUGCAAUGCUUUCAGAAGAUAGUUCAAAUUCAAGAAAAUUCUAUCCUUUAAUUCCAGUACAAGAAUCUUUCGACUCUGAUAAAUUUGAUGAGGUGUCUCCUUCUGUCACACAUAAGGAUCAGGACUCUUUUAAAGAACCUAACCUUUUCAAUCAAAGGUCGCAUAGUAAAACAGCAAGCAAUGAAAAAAAGCAUACCAACGGUUUUAUUGACCGAAGAUCAACUGAUGCAAUGUUACUAGAAGAUAGUUCAAAUUCAAGACAAUUUCAUCCUGUAACGCCGGUAGAUAGAUCUUCUGACUCUUUCGGGACUCCAGACACUUUAAUAUAUGGAAGCCUUGAUGAAACGUCAGAGGAGUUGGAUCCGAAUGAAAUUCACACGGCAACAAAUGCAAAACUGAGACAAAUGCAAGAUAUGAGUAAGCUAGCCAACAAGAACAGCUCAGGAUUUGAAAUGAGAGGAAGAAGUAAAAGUGAACCUUAUGGCACCACAUUUGAGAAAUCACCUGAGAAAGAACGCAGCAGAGGUUACAGCUGUUUUGCUCCCAUAGGAAAACAGGAACGUUUGUCAGGUUUUCAAGACUCUGAAGUAGCACGUAGAAAAGGGAUUCGUGCUUUCUAUCGCGAACAUUACCCCACUGAAAAUAAAAAAACUUUAGAUCAAGAGGUAUACGAGGAAACUGAUCCAAAAUAUUCACAUCAAAUUUCAGAACGGCAAGCGGAAUCAGAACAGUUACAACAGUUUUCUGGUAAGAGAUCUGCAGACAAUGGAUUAAGUUUAGAUCACUCCGAUAAGGAAUCCAGUGAGGAAUUACAUUCAUAUGAUCUCCCUUCGAGUUUCAUGAACAUGCACUCAAGUGAAGAUAGUGAUUUCGAUGGAAAAAGAAGAAAAAGCAAACUGCAGUCGACACCAUUGCCAAACCGUUUUCUACUACACCCAGACAUAAGGAACAGUGCAUUGCCUCGUGAAUCUCAAACUUUUUCUUCACCUAGCACCUCCACAAAUUGGGCAAGUCCUAAUCUAAAAUAUGUUAUUACAACAACGCCAGAUAAAUCAGAUCUUCCCCUCAGGAGAAAGCUUUUUGAAAGUAACAGACCAUACAGAAGUUCACCAGAAAUUUCAGACAUGCAAAAGGCAAGUUACAAAAUAAAUACUUUGUAUCAUCAAAUUAUGUCUUAAACCUGAUAUAGAAUAUUGGCCAAACAUAUGAUCUGAUCUUGCCUAUAAUUUAUUACAAAAUAAUUAAAUAUCUCCAACAUUAUAGGUUUGAAGAAUUUAAAUUUCAUUUAUAUGUAUGAAUGUAUGUUGUCUAUAAUUUAUAAGUUGAUUGUGAAUAUGCUAAAAGCAUA